AAGUGAUCUAAAGGGGAGACGAUAGGACAAAAAAAGUGAUGAUGAUGAAUACAUUGGAAAGUUUUUUGGCCCCGGCGCGGGUGUCAGAUUGAAUGGCCUGUGCGCAUGUGCGAAGGUGUCCAAACUGACAAUGCUGGUGAGAUGAAGAUAGUGUUGUUGCAGCUUCUGGGCUCACGGAGGACGACGAAAGGAAUCUACAAGCCAACAAGAUGAGAUCCAAGGCGAGGGCGAGAAAACUGGCGAAAAAUGACAGUGAGCCAGUGGACAGCAUGUACGACACAGAGGCCGACCUGCAAGGUUUAGCGCCGAGCAGUGGCGGUGGUGCCGACAGCCCAGAAGAUGAUGCAGAUGACAGCGUCAUCAACAUGUCUCCCCUGCCUUCACCGACCCCUUCCCAUCAAAACAACAACCACCACCACCUGCUGCACCCCCACAUUUAUGCCACCCACCACCACCACCACCUUCACAACAACAGCAACAGCAGCAGCAACGACCAGGACUUCACCACACCCAAAGAGGGCUCGCCCUAUGAGGCACCCGUCUACAUUCCAGAUGACAUUCCCAUUCCCAGCGAACUGGAGCUGCGGGAGUCCUCUGUGCCCGGGGCUGGCCUGGGCGUUUGGGCCAAGAGCCGAAUUGGUGCGGGUGAAAGGUUUGGUCUGCACAGUAUGCUGCAUCAUGGGGCCAUGGGCAAAGACAGCUCCUUUGGAUGGGAGCAGAUGAUGAAUGAUCACGUUGAAGCCUCACCUGACAGUUGCAUCAAAAAGGUGGUCAACGACAUGGGCAACAUCAAGUUUGCGCUGGACACAAGCCUGGAUGUCGCUAGCAACAGCUGGCUCAAAUACAUCCGCUCUGCGCCGACAUUCGAGGAGCAGAACCUUGCCGCCUGUCACCUCACAGGGGACCAGAUUUAUUAUAAAGCAGUCCGGGACAUUGAAGCAGGGGAGGAGCUUUUAGUGUACAUGAAGGACGGUAUUUUCCCUGAGGGAUCCAUGGCACCCAACCUACAAGACGAGCAGAUGUACCGCUGUGAAGACUGUGAUGAGCUGUUCUCCUCUACUCUCGAGUUGCGGCGGCACCAGAAGUAUUCAUGCUCCAGCAGUGGCUCAAUCUUUGACCAACUUAGAGACGACUUCAAACAGGAACGUGAGGACAGCGAUGAGCCCGUCCAUGAGUGUAAAGACUGUGAGAAGAUCUUCCCAAAUGAGUACAGUCUGGGCCAACACAUGAUAGUCCACACAGAGGAGAGGGAGUAUAAGUGUGACCAGUGCCCCAAAGCCUUCAACUGGAAGUCCAACCUCAUCCGUCACCAGAUGUCACAUGACAGUGGCAAGCGCUUUGAGUGUGAAAACUGUGAUAAGGUGUUCACAGAUCCUAGUAACCUUCAGCGUCACAUCCGCUCCCAGCAUGUGGGGGCCCGCGCUCACACAUGUCCUGAGUGUGGCAAGACCUUUGCCACAUCGUCAGGCCUUAAGCAGCAUAAGCACAUCCACAGCAGUGUCAAACCCUUUAUCUGUGAGGUGUGCCACAAAUCCUACACCCAGUUCUCCAACCUCUGCCGCCACAAGCGUAUGCAUGCUGACUGCCGCACCCAGAUCAAGUGUAAGGACUGUGGGCAAUUGUUCAGCACUACCUCCUCCCUCAACAAGCAUCGCCGCUUCUGUGAGGGCAAAAACCAUUAUGGCUCUCCAGCUGGGAUGUUCAACCCUGGCAUCCCCAUGAGCUCUAGCCCCAUCAUGGCCAAGGCCAAGUCCCACCAUCCCCACCUUACAGGUCUAAGCCAGUCAAGUUUAGGCUUCACUGAAUACUUUCCCUCCCGACCUCACCCUCACGCUGGCUUGCCCUUCUCACCAGGACCCCAUGGCUUCCCCUCCCUCCCACAUGGUUUCCCAGGUAUCUUCCCCCCAUCACUGUAUCCCAGACCUCCUUUAUUGCCUGCCAGUCCGUUGAUAAAGAGCCCGCUUGGCAGCAGCAGUCAGGAGGUGAAGCUCCCGAGGAGUCCCCUAGAUGCCCCUCCUCUGUCCCUGGUAAGCUCCACAAAUAGCAAUGGGGGUAACAGUUUGAGUCAGCUGGAUGAGAAAGACAACAAACUGGACUUAUCUUCUAGUGGAGAAGCCAAGCCAAAAUCCAAGAUGGUUGACAUGUCUGAUGGUAGUGACCUUGAAGACGUUAAUACAACAAGUGGGACAGAUCUGGACACCACCACUGGUACGGCUUCAGGUGAUGGGUCUGACCUGGAGAGCGAUGGAGAGAGUGAACGUGAGAGAAGUGGUAAAAGAAGGAAGUCCUCUGGGGCUGUAUCGAGUCAAGAAGGCCACCAGUUAGAAGAAACAAACAGCGGAUUGAUAUCAGCCGUAUCUAGUUCUGGGAACCACACUAUCGAUCGUCCCUUUCUUUCUUCAUCCCAGCACUCCUUUUUCCCACCACCUGAUGAGCAAGCCCUCCCGCCAACUACCACAAAUGCCAAUGCAGCCACCACAGAUUCUAUUAAAGCCAUUGCUUCUAUUGCGGAGAAAUAUUUUGGUCCUGGUUUGAUUGGUCUUCAUCAGGAGAAGAAGAUGGGUCCAUUGCCCUAUCAUUCCAUGUUCCCCUUCCAGUUCCUUCCCAACUUCCACAACUCCCUCUAUCCUUUCAGCGCCGAUCGCGGUGCCCUCAAUCCUAGCAUGUUCUUCAAGGCGGAGCCCAAGUCACCCCGCGAGCAGCUGCACAAGAUGGUCACCGCAGGUGCUCCUACUUCCACAGCAGAAUCCCCAUUUGAUCUCACCACGAAACCUAAGGACACAAAGAUCGCUCCUCCAACCCCGACAAACCCUUCAAACCCCAACUCUAGCAGUGGGAGCAGUAGUGGACCCUUAGCGAUAUCUAGCAGUGAAGAACAGCCAUUAGACCUCAGCAUUGGCAUCCGGAGCAGAGGUGGUCAUAAUGGUGUGGCAGCUGAUCCACAAAAUAGAAAGAACCACAUGUUCGGAAUCGGAAAGGGGGUUUGUAUAAAGGAUGAAACCCCAGCUGGGUUUCCACACCCCCACCCCCAGUUAUUGCACCAACCUUCCAUCCCACAACACCAGCAGCCGCAGGCACAUCCACACCAGCCACCACCACUGCACUAUGCCAAGCCCUCAGCAUUCUUCAUGGACCCCAUAUUCAGGGUGGAGAAGAGGAAGCUCCUGGACCCUGUAGGAGCCCUGAAGGAAAAAUUUCUCAGGCCCUCCCCACCACUCUUCCAUCCACAGAUGUCAGCUAUGGAGAACAUGACAGAGAAGCUGGAGAGCUUUGGCGCUCUGAAACUGGACGCGCCGCCCAAUUCACUGCAACAUUCUGCUCAUCCACUGUUCAACUUCAGAUCCCCUCCACCUUCCCUCUCAGAAGCCAUCCUUCGCAAGGGCAAAGAGCGUUACGCCUGCAGGUAUUGUGGGAAAAUAUUCCCGCGCUCAGCAAACCUCACCAGACACUUGCGGACACACACAGGGGAACAACCCUACAGGUGUAAAUACUGUGACCGCUCAUUCAGCAUCUCAUCCAAUCUUCAACGCCAUGUUCGUAACAUCCAUAACAAGGAGAAACCCUUCAAGUGUCACCUCUGCAAUCGCUGCUUCGGUCAGCAGACCAACCUAGAUCGACAUCUCAAGAAGCACGAGCACGAGAACAUUCCUGUGAGCCAACAGUCUGGGAUGCUUUCCAACCUAGGAACCACCAUCUCCUCCCCGAACUCCGCAGACAAUCAUGCACUUUUAGAUGAGAAGGAGGACUCAUACUUCUCAGAAAUCCGUAACUUCAUUUCCAAUAGUGAGAUGAACCAGGCCUCCAGCUCCACCGAUAAGAGAUCGGACCAGACUGAGGAGGAGCGCCCGCCCAGCCACAGUUUGUCUAACUCCAAGCUAGGGCUCCACGGGCUGGAGGAGGAGGAAGAAGAAGUGGAGGGAGACGAUGAAGAGGAGGAGGAAGGCAGCCUUACAGAGAAGUCUCAUGACGAGGCGCCCGAGUCCCCAUCUCCACUCACAACAGGGGUGUAUGAGGAGGACGAGGAGGAGGAAGAGACAACUCCAUUAGCUAUGAGCUACGAACACACGCGCAGGUGUAUAGAGGAGGAGGGCUCUCUUUUGGACCUGGAGGGUCUGCCCAGCUUUCCCAAGAGCCUGGAGGGGUUACGUAAAGCAGCCAGUGACGAGCAACCCUUUGAUGUUAAAGACAUAUUUAACACUUCACUAGAGUCGGAGGCACUGAAAGAGACACUGUACAGGCAGGCUAAAACCCAGGCUUAUGCAAUGAUGCUGUCACUGUCGGAGAACAACCCUUUGCACGCGCCCUCCCAGAACUCUCUGGAUGCUUGGCUGAGCAUGGGAGGUGGAUCGUCAGAGACGAGCAGCUUUCACCCACUCAACCACAUCUAGACGAGAGGCAGAGAGAGGAAGUGGGAGAACGAGUAACAGGAACAUUAGUUUUGCGAAUGGAUAGAAGCAAGAGUCUGCUUGGACUUGAGUAGUGAGAAAAUGUGGACACGAGAGAAGAAUUUGAGGUUGAUUACAUUCAAGAUGGAAAGAAUAUGUUGUGUGUGUGUGUGUGUGUGUGUGUGUGUGUGUGUGUGUGUGUGUGUGUGUGUGUGUGUGUGUGAGAGAGAGAGGGGUAAGAGGGAGAAAUUGUUCUCAAGUGAGGCCUCUCAUAAGACUCUGUCAAAGAGAAAGCACUGCGAAGCUCCUGUUGAUGUGAAGGACAUGAUGAAUGCUUAUCAACAGCAUUGAAACUCUGCGUUACUCUGAUCCUCCCCGAGUCGACCAGGCUCACUGCAGCCCCAGAGAUCUGAUGUAAGGCUCUCAUAAAGACACUUAAUGACUAGUAUGUCUCUAAAGUCUUUGUACAACGCCUACUUUAAGCACUGCAGCAAAAGCACUGCAUUAGCACUGCAUGUCCACAGGGUGGUGUUGUUUCACUAGGAACAUAGUGGGUGUGUGCACUAAUGUCUCCAGGUUUUCCCAUCAAUCAUGGGCAACUCAUUUACUAAUCUUGUUUCAGCUAUAACUGCAGAAUCGACAAUAGCACCACACUAACUGUUACUUGAGGAAGUGACAGUUCCAGUAAACUGUUGAUUUUCUAAUGAUUACACGGAGAAUGAUGUCCAAAUGUGCACAACAACUGGUGAUUUACUAGCCAUUGCAACUGGUUACCCAAUUUGAUCAUGCUGAUAUGAAUUUAAAUCAUACUCAAAAAUGAGAAAAGUCUUUCUCUGCUUAUUUUAUCGUCAUCGUUUAAUUGUAUUUACUUUUCCCUCUUAGAUACCACAGUAUUGUUUCUUUGUAGGCACCACAGUGCUAAAUUGUUAAUAUAAUUAUUUUAGAGAAGGACCAAAAUUGUAUGAUAUUGUCAUAUGAUGUACAAAAUAACCUAGAUGUUCAUAGCAAGAGUGGUAUGUGCCAAAUAACCCAUAGAAAAUGUUUUGUUCUCUGACAAUCAUUUCAUUUCCAAGGGGCUUGCCUUUGCUGUCAUUUUGUUUUCUUUUUACACUCUUAAAUUUGAUUUCAGAAGUGUGUGUAUGUAUUUAUUUUUGGUUGUUUUGUCAUGACUGGAGCAGUAGAAAUGAAGGAAAGUCAUUUUGUCCCUCCGUUCUUGUUGCUGAAGGAAUGAACACCUAUCAGAGUGUGAGGGAGAUUCUGAAUCUCUGGUUUUGAUGCGUAAGUGUGCCAAAAUGGUAAGAACCCAUGAAAUUAAUUGUUUUUAUUUAUAGUGGAAAAUAGCUGUAGUUAGUUUUAGAUCCAAUUUGGCAUUGUAAUGUUCUGCAGUAUUUAGUUUUUUUUUUUUCUUCUUUCACUUCAACCAGUUUACCCAGAAUGCUGAAUGUGUCUUGCUCAAAUUGGUUCAGGUGUUAUUGAAGGGAGGGAGGGGGGGUCUUGGACAACUUGAGCUAUGAAUGUCAACAAAGGGCAUUACAUUAUAAUUCUGUUGAAAUCUGACUUGUUUCUAUAACAUCAAGAACCCCUUUUCCCCUCUGUUUUCCAAGUUAUACAGACAAUGUAACAAACACAUAUUCUCUUUAAACUAGUUGCCCGGUAUAGUCCUAACAAUAAAAGAAAAAACAAAUUAA